AGCCACGCCCUGACAAAGAUGGCGACCGCGGAAGUGGAGCGUCGGCGUUGCAAGCUGGCCUCCAUGUCCAUCGCCGCCAUGGUCAUCCUCCUGGGGGUACCUCUGUGGUGGCGGACCACCACCACGUACCGCGCCUGGUUGCCUGUCAGCGAGAUCCAGGAGCUGGGUAACCUCCAGCUGCUCCUGAGCGCCGACGUGGAGGUUGUGUUCGCGCGGGGGACGCUGGUGGCGGAGCAGCACAAGAACAUCCCCCAGACACGGACACACGUGGAGGAUCACGCCAUAGAUGGGGCCACCUCUCUGUCUUACAGGUAUGAGACACGUUACCGCACAGCAACUGUCAUGGAGGAGGACGCCCUCAACAAGCCCACCGCCGCCGAGUCGGACCUGUCCCUGCACACGCUCAGCGAGAGUCCGUGCGGUUCUUUGGUGGUCUACGUGAUCCCGGGCUCCUCUUUGCUGCUGCCCCAGGACGUGGAGGUGUAUGUCGGCCGGCGACGCACGGCUCUGCUGCGCGCCCACGCCCAGACGGGCGCGGCCAGGACGCUGGACCAGCUGUUGGCUCGGCUGGAGCCGCGGGUCAAGAAGGUGCUGCGGGUGAUGUCGUUCAGCCACGGCGACAUCGCGGCCGCCCUCAGCAACCGAGUGCGUCUCAGCCCGGGAAGUCGACACAGCAAAGCUGACAGCAUGAGAGCCUUCAAGUCCAGUCCAGGUUAUGAAAUAACCUUCAGUCUGCUGAAUCCUGACCCCAAGUCGCACCGACUACACUGGGACAUAGAGGGCGCCGUGCAGAGCCACAUCCAACCGCUGCUCUCCAAACUGGCCCCUCUCACCAACUUUAGCGUGGACUCUCAGACCUUGCACUACACCAUGCUGGGCGUCAACGCCCGCUUCGACAGCAGCCGCGCCGUCUACACGCUGAGCGCCGACAGCCUGGCGCACGUCAUCAACCCCGUGGAGGCUCGGCUGGGUUCCAAUGCUGCGUCUUCCAAUCCGGUGCUGAACUUCCUGCUCUACGUGCCUGACGCCCAACAUUCGCCGCUUCACAUCCUCGACCGCAAGAAAAGCAAAGUGGCGUCCAAUGCCUUCCACUCGCCACGCUGGGGAGGAAUCAUGGUUUACAAUGUGGACAACAAGACGACACUUCCUGUGGACGUGGACAUUAACAUGGCUAACGUCAUGGGCGUCUUCCUCGCGCAGCUACGGCUGCUGCUGGGCGUGCAGCCCUCGUCGCCUCCCCCCGGCGUCCUGGUGUCCCCCCCCGGCCCGUCGGGCCUGGCCGACUGGGAGCUGGACCGCCUCAUGUGGAGCCGCAGCGUGGAGAACGUGGCCACGGCGACCACCGCCAUCACCUCGCUGGCGCAGCUGCUGGACCAGAUCGGCAACAUCGUCAUCAACGACAACAUCGCCCAGCAGGUGUCCAACGCCGUCACGUCGCUGCAGCUGGCCGUGGCCGAGCUGGAGGCCGGCAACCUGGGCUUCGCCCUGCAGUACAGCAAGGAGGCCAUGUUGGCGUCGGAGAGGGCCUUCUUUGACCCGUCGCUGCUGCACCUCCUCUACUUCCCCGACGACCAGAAGUUCGCCAUCUACAUCCCGCUCUUCCUGCCCGUGUGCGUGCCCAUCCUGCUGUCGCUGCUCAGCGUGCUGGCCGAGGUGAGGCGGAUGCGGAGGGACAAGCAGGCCAAGAAGGACUAAAUGGAGAAAUUAUAGGAUUAAAACAUGUUUGGUGGUUUUUUUAAUCCGGAAAAACAACCGCACUGAGUUUGAUUUCAAAAGGGACAAAACCAGAACAAAAGCUGGGGAAACAGUCGUCCCUCUGAUAUGGAUAAAUACAUUCUCGUGAAGUCGUAAUCAUAAAUUGUCAGUCACAUCCCUUUUUAAAUAGGUUUUUCAACAUAAAAAAUCAAAUAAAAUACAUUAUUUCAUUAAACCCUUAAAGAAUGAUUGAAACAGACAUCAUGUUUUCAUAAAACCCCUAAAGAAUGCUUUAAAUAAUACAGAAAUAUAAUUUUAAUAAACCCCUAAAUAAUUAUUUCAAUGAUAAAGACAAAACAUUUUUAAUUUGACAAAAAUAACAUUUUAUUAAAACCCUAAGUGAUUUAAUAGUAAAACAACAUAAUUUAAUUAAACCCCUAAAUAAAUAUUUAAAUAAAGAAACAAUGCAACAGCAUCCAUAAUUUUACUAAAAUAACAUACAUAAUUUCAUGAAACCCCGAAAGGAUUAUUGAAAAAACAUACAUCAUGUUUUUAUAAAACCCCUAAAGAAUGCUUUAAAUAAUACAAAAACAACAUCAACCCCUAAAUUAUUUAAAUAAUAAAGACAAAGCCACCACUUUUAUAAUUUUACUAAAAUAACAUUUUAUUAAAACCCUAAAUAAUUAUUUAAAUAAUAAAACAAUUUUAUUAAGCCCCUAAAUAAUUGUUUAAAUAAAAAAACAAAGCAACAUCAUACAUCAUUUUCCUAAAAUGAAAUACAUUAUUUCAUUAAACCCCUAAAGAAUUAUUUAAAAAAACAUGCAUCCUGUUUUAUAGAACCCCUAAAAAAUGCUUUAAAUAAUGAAAUUAUGUAUGUUAUUUUAGUAAAAUUAUGUAUGAUGUUGCUUAAGUUUUUUUAUUUAAAUAUUUAUUUCGAGGUUUAAUUCAAUUAUGUUGUUUUAUUAAUUGAAUAAUUGUUUAGGGUUUUAAUAAAAUGUUAUUUUGGUAAAAUUAUAAAUGUUGUUGCUUUGUCUUUAUUAGUUAAAUAAUUUAGGGGUUUACUAAAAUGAUGUUGUUUUUGUAUUUAAAGCAUUCUUUAGGGGUUUUAUAAAAACAUGAUGUAGGUUUUUUCAAUAAUUGUUUCGGGGUUUCAUGAAAUUAUGUAUGUUAUUUUAGUAAAAUUAUGUAUGAUGUUGCUUUGUUUUUUUAUUUAAAUAUUUAUUUAGAGGUUUAAUUAAAUUAUGUUGUUUUAUUAUUUAAAUAAUUGUUCAGGGUUUUAAUAAAAUGUUAUUUUUGUAAAAUUAGAAAUGUUUUGUCUUUAUCACUUUGUCUUUAUUUAAAUAAUUAUUUAGGGGUUCAUUAAAAUUAUGUUUUUGUAUUAAAGCAUUUUUUAAGGGUUCUAUAAAACAUGAUGCAUGUUUUUUAAAAUAAUUCUUUGGGGGUUUAAUUAAAUAAUGUAUUUCAUUUUACGAAAAUGAUGUAUGAUGUUGCUUUUUUUUUUUUUUAAACAAUUAUUUAGGGGCUUAAUAAAAUUGUUUUAUUAUUUAAAUAAUUGUUUAGGGUUUUAAUAAAUUGUUAUUUUAGUAAAAUUAUGUAUGAUGUUGCUUUGUUUUUUUUAAUUUAAAUAUUUAUUUAGGAGUUUAAUUAAAUUAUGAUUCAAUUAAUAAAACAACAUAAUUUAAUUAAACCUCUAAAUAAAUAUUUAAAUAAAAAAACUUAAGCAACAUCAUACAUAAUUUUACUAAAAUAACAUACAUAAUUUCAUGAAACCCCGAAAGAAUUAUUGAAAAAACAUACAUCAUGUUUUAAUAGAACCCCUAAAAAAUGCUUUAAAUAAUACAAAAACAUAAUUUUAAUGAACGCCUAAAUAAUUAUUUAAAUAAAGACAAAGUGAUAAAGACAAAACAUUUCUAAUUUUACAAAAAUAACAUUUUAUUAAAACUCUAAACAAUGAUUCAAUUAAUAAAACAACAUAAUUUAAUUAAACCUCUAAAUAAAUAUUUAAAUAAAAAAACAAAGCAACAUCAUACAUAAUUUUACUAAAAUAACAUACAUAAUUUCAUGAAACCCUGAAAGAAUUAUUGAAAAAACAUACAUCAUGUUUUUAUAAAACCCCUAAAGAAUGCUUUAAAUAAUACAAAAACAUAAUUUUAGUAAACCCCUAAAUGAUUUAAAUAAUAAAGACAAAGCAACAACAUUUAUAAUUUUACUAAAAUAACAUUGUAUUAAAACCCUAAACAAUUAUUUAAAUAAUAAAACAAUUUUAUUAAGCCCCUAAAUAAUUGUUUAAAUAAAAAAACAAAGCAACAUCAUACAUCAUUUUUCUAAAAUGAAAUACAUUAUUUAAUUAAACCCCUAAAGAAUGAUUUAAAAAAACAUGCAUCAUGUUUUAUAAAACCCCUAAAAAAUGCUUUAAAUAAUACAAAAACAUAAUUUUAAUGAACCCCUAAAUAAUUAUUUAAAUAAAGACAAAGUGAUAAAGACAAAACAUUUAUAAUUUUACAAAAAUAACAUUUUAUUAAAACCCUUAACAAUGAUUUAAAUAAUAAAACAAUUUUAUUAAACCCCUAAAUAAUUGUUAAAAUAAAAAAAACAAAGCAACAUCAUACAUAAUUUUACUAAAAUAACAUACAUUAUUUCAUGAAACCCCAAAACAAUUAUUGAAAAAACAUACAUCAUGUUUUUAUAAAACCCCUAAAGAAUGCUUUAAAUAAUACAAAAACAACAUCAUUUUAGUAAACCCCUAAAUUAUUUAACUAAUAAAGACAAAGCAACAACAUUUAUAAUUUUACUAAAAUAACAUUUUAUUAAAACCCUAAACAAUUAUUUAAAUAAUAAAACAAUUUUAUUAAGCCUCUAAAUAAUUGUUUAAAUAAAAAAACAAAGCAACAUCAUACAUAAUUUUCCUAAAAUAAAAUACAUUAUUUCAUUAAACCCCUAAAGAAUUAUUUAAAAAAACAUGCAUCAUGUUUUUAUAAAACCCCUAAAGAAUGCUUUAAAUAACACAUCACUUUCUAAAUAGGUUUUUCAACAUAACACACUUUACGCUCUUUUAAUCCGAUAUAGUAAUGCUGCGUGAGGCUGAGCCAAUCAGUGGCCACGAUGCUGAACAGUGCACUCUUCUACCGUAGUAUUGAUUGUUUUUUUGUGUAUAUAUAGUCCUAUUUAGGCUUGAAAAUGCCUCUGGUUUUCGGACCCAAAAAUGGUAGAAUAGGCUUUAAAAAAUGAUUCCCUAAAAAAUGUGUAAUGUUGAAGCGGGACGUGGCGAGGGACGACUGUACGUGCUUUUUGUUGGGCCGCGGGGAAACUAAAGUUUGUGUUGGGGAGGAUUUCUAAAUAAUGAAUGUCUACUGUGAUUGUUAACCACAGGAACUUGAAUGGUUGUGUGUUUUUAUAUUUGAAUUCAUAAGUUAUUGACUAAUAAAA